AUGCCUGUCACAACUCGCUCUGGUGUAUUACGAUCUCAGAUCGCUGAAGAAACAACAUUGCCAGCGAAUUCAACAACAUCAACACAGGUAUCAAAGUCAAUGGUAAUCAGUAAAACAACUCGAAAAUUUCAAUCACAACAAAAGCAAAAACAACUGAAAGCACAGCCUCCUACAACUUCUAUUGAACCUGAAACGUGUUCCACAGUCGAACAACAACUACCACCUUCACAAAUUGAAACUACAGUUGAAAAUAAUAAUUAUCAUGAUCAUGAAGAUGAAAGAUUAGGUACCGAAAUGGAUAUAUCACUUGAAAGUUUAUUUUCUGAUCAACAACUAAUAUUGCCAACAACACAUGAAAAUGAAAUAGCUGAACAACAAACCGUGAAAAAUGAUUAUCCUAUGUUAUCAUUAGGUUCAUCGAACGAAGAUGACGAUGAUAUGUAUCCUGAUGAUUCAAAUACUAUUAUGAACAAACCAGUGGUAAAAGGAGACAUUACUACCGGCACGUCAACCCGAGGUGAUAAAAUGAUUUUUAUGAAUAGUUAUGGUUAUUUAUAUAUCAGUGAAACAAAAAAUACUGUUGGUUGGAGAUGUGUGCGGAGAAAUGAAAAUUGUAAAGCAGUCGUUUAUACACUCAAGGAAUCUGGUUUACAGAAAUUACGUCGCAAAAAUUAUCCACCAUUACCAAAUGACCAAAAAUUUGUAGUUCCAACUGUCUAUUAA